GCGUUGAAUGAGGCCCUGAAGAACCAGAAGAUGCAGCUACAGGACGACGUGGCAAAGGUGAGCGAGGAGCUGGAUAAGAUGAACGGAGAGAUUCUGAAGCUCAUCGAUGACGAAUCCAACAAGGUGAAGGAUGGCCAUGCCGCCAUUGAGAGCCGCAUCCAGACCCUUGAGAUGGCUUUCACCGCACGGACGCAGACCCUGGGAGAUGUGGAUGCUCAGCUAUCGGCCCGACUGGAUGAAGUCGCUGCAUCAAGUCAGGAAGCGAUGGAGAACCUCCGUGAUGCUUUAGCAGCAGAGACUGGCAAGUUGGUCGAGCGCUUCGGGCAAGUGCAGGACGAUGUCCAGUCGAUUGAGGCGGAGGUCUUGCGCCGCUGUGAAGACAUGGGCGAGGCGCAGGCAGAGGCAAAGCUGGCGCAGGACGAGAUGUUCGGAAAUCUUCAAGCCAACAUCGGCGAUCUGGGUGCCAAGAUCGAGGAGAGCAGGGCAGCGGAAGGCGACUUGCAGAAGCAGGUGACGGCCGCACAGGAAGGCCUUGCAGCCGCCGACACCCGGGCUUCGGCCUUAGAGGAGCUUCUCGCGCAGGAAAGCACUCGUGCGAGCACUGCUGAAGAGUCGCUAAGCCGCACCGCCGAGGGGCUGGCGGCACAGCAGGCCAAGCAG